AUGAUUUUCUACGAUUUUAAAGCAGGAUCAAAUCAAGAAGAAUACGUUCAGCGGUUGCAAUUAGCAUUUGGUGAUGAAUCUCCAGCUCGCGUUACUGUAUUCAGAUGGUUUAAAGAAUUUAGCAGAGGUCGCAAUUUUCUUCAGGAUGAAGAACACACAGGAAGGCCAGUGAUCCCGGAUAAUGUGUCUGCUAUACGAAAAAUGUUAAAGGAUGAUAAUCGCUGUACCUAUCAAAUUAUACAGAAGGAACUUAACAUUAGACCCGCAGCCAUACACAAAAUUAAACAUGAAGAAUUACAUAUGAAAAAAGUAGUUUGCCGUUGGGUUCUCCAUAAUCUAACUGAGCACCAAAAAGAGGAGCAUGUCAGAAUCAGUAAAGAAACUCUUAAAUUGCUAAAUGAUGGUGACCACAGCAUCAUUUCUGAAAUUGUAACGGGUGAUGAAACGUACAUACCGUUUUUUGACUUUUCAACGCGUCAAGAAAGCUAA